CUCAGCCGACUCGUGGUGUCAAAUUUGGGGGCCCGUCAGGGUUGUUCUCAUAGCUAAGAACAUCGGCAAGGAAAUUCGGUCAAUGAUACCGAAAAGGAAAAUGCAGUCAGCAGGAUCCUUAUAUGGCCACCCAUAUAAGUUAGCCGAAGUGGCAUCCGCUUUCUACCCGAGGGAGGGUGAAGAUGGCCCCUGUAUGUACGGAUACAUAAUCAAGACUUGUUGCAGGCUCUGCCUCUAGCUAGCUUGUUCUUGGCCCCGCGAUUUCACGGUGCCGUUGUUUUACUAUAUCGCGCCUUUAGCCAUGAUUUCGCAUUGAUAUAGGUCAUUACUGGUCUCCGACACCCAAGGCUAACCUGAUCUUGCACAAUGGACCCAUCAGCACGGGCUUCGCAGCCAGGCCGCGAAGUGAGGAAUACUUACGACACGGACACCGUUGUUGUCGACAGCCGAACGGGUCACUGGACCGCGCCGUUCCAUGACGGCUCCGGACACAGCUACGCGGCCAUCUCCGAACCGAAUGGUGCUUUCGUGGGGAACAACAAGGCAUCAAACACUGCUGGGAUCAACGAAGCUUACGAAGGUCGCCACGACGGCCUCAACUCUCCCUUUGGCGUGAGCCAGCUAUGGACGAAGCCAACCGAGGCAUUGCCGGAAAUACCGCAAACCGAAGUCUUUUACAUUGGCUCGCCUGAUAAUAUCCUCGGCGUCAACUGGCGUGAGGGCUUCUCAAGAGGAGGCCUCCCUGAUAGCGUCAGCGAGGGGGGGUAUACACUGAGCAAUACCGGCACACAGAUAGCGGCAUACUGGCCGUCUACCCUUCUCCAAGCCAGUAACGGAGACGUCGUGGAGGUGUUCUACGAAUACAAAGCGCCGAAAUUCCAAGAGCAAACAGCAGUCGGCAUUACAGCCUCCCCCGGUUCGGCGCUCGUGAUUCUUCCCAGGGAGGUAAUUCGCUCGGCUGGCGAGAGGACAACAUCAUCGAGCGCAAGAAUCAUUUAUCGGGACACCGACGGAAGGCUGCAGAACUACGACCGCUCCUCCGGUGGCCAAAAAGUCACAUCUUCGGGCCAGUUGCUGGGGACUGUGGACUCAAACUUCACCAUGGCCGGCUUUGCCGUUGCACGACUCGACUCGGGAAGUGGGGGAUCGGGUGCCCUGAACACAUGGAUUUUGUACCAAGACUCCAAGACCGGCAAGAUAUCGUACUUGUACGAGGAUGACACGACGGGCUGGAAAGGGCCGGAAACGGAUGCCGUAUUUGAGGGGGCUAAUAACCCGACACAACUCGCUUGUGUGACGGCCAGCUCGGCCAAGGUCCCGCAGGUUCCUCUGGUGGCAUCGCACGAUCUAAGCCAUUGCUCCUUCUAG